UCUCGUUCGCGUUCUCGCUCACGGUCUCCCAUAAAACGAGAGACGACAUCACCUCCAACCAUAACACAAAACAAUAAUUCGGCAGCUUCUGAGCCCAAGGUCAAAAUAAAUCCUUUCACACGAAUGCCAUUCAGCAAGAAAUAUUGGCAAAUUUGGGAAAAGCGUAAGAAUCUGCCCGUUUGGGAGUACAAAGAGAAAUUUAUGGAAGUUCUUCACAACAAUCAAUGUAUGACUCUUGUCGGAGAGACAGGUUCUGGAAAGACCACACAGAAUACCGCAAUGGUGCGUAGACUAUGUCCGUCAAAAAGCAGUACCUGGACAACGACGGCUUGUGGCAUGUACUCAGCCAAGAAGAGUGGCUGCUAUUUGGGACAGGAAGUCGGAUAUUCUAUUCGUUUCGAAGACUGCGUCAGUGCACAAACUAUACUGAAAUAUUGUACCGAUGGUAUGCUACUGCGUGAGGCGAUGAAUUGCCCAUUAUUGGAUGGAUAUGGUGUUAUAAUUCUUGACGAAGCUCACGAAAGGACGCUCGCAACAGAUAUCCUCAUGGGGCUGAUAAAGGAAAUCGUGAAACAACGUUCUGAUAUCAAGAUCGUCAUCAUGUCCGCCACACUGGACGCAGGAAAGUUCCAGAAGUUAUUUCGAAAACUGCCCAUUGAUGGCUGUCCCAGGACGGACUUCACUCCAGAACCGGAAAAAGAUUACCUAGAAGCUGCAAUUAGGACUGUGAUACAGAUUCAUGUAUGCGAAGAAACUGAAGGGAGAUAUUCUGCUCUUUCUUACCGGCCAAGAGAAGCAUGUAAACGGAUAAAGCGUGAGAUUGACAACCUCGGUCCGUCGGUUGGUGCAUUGAAUUGCAUCCCACUGUACUCAUCACUUCCUCCGAAUCAACAGCAACGGAUUUUCGAGGCGGCGCCCCCUAGUAGACCAGGAGCGAUAGGACGCAAAUGUGUUGUUUCAACAAAUAUUGCUGAAACUUCACUCACCAUCGACGGUGUUGUGGUUGUGAUCGAUCCAGGGUUCUCGAAACAGAAGGUUUAUAAUCCGCGAAUUCGAGUCGAAUCGCUGUUAGUUUGUCCGAUCUCCAAAGCGAGCGCUAUGCAACGUGCUGGUCGUGCCGGUCGUACGAAACCAGGAAAAUGUUUCCGAUUGUACACAGAAAAGGCGUAUCAAGAAGAAAUGCAGGAGCAAACAUAUCCUGAGAUUUUACGGUCCAACUUGGGAUCAGUAGUGCUGCAACUAAAGAAGCUCGGUAUAGAAGAUCUCGUUCAUUUUGAUUUUAUGGAUCCUCCAGCUCCUGAGACACUAAUGAGAGCCUUGGAGUUACUGAACUACCUCGCAGCUAUUAACGAUGAUGGUGAACUGACGGAACUCGGAUCGUUAAUGGCAGAAUUCCCUCUUGGACCCACAACUAGCAAAAAUGCUUAUCAACGUCAACAGAACUGA